GCUUUUUUUCUCAAAAUUGCACGCAGUUGUGCAACCGCCUGACAAACCUACAGGUCUUCAAGUAUAAAACGGAUUUCAAACUCGCAACAACUACCGGAUAGUAAACAGCCUUGACUACGAAAUUGAUGAAGAGCUCGAAGAAGACUACGCACCUUUCGGGCUCGAUUCAAAGGUAUUUAAGAAUCUCCAAAAACAUAAACUCAAAUACCACGAAAUUAGAUUUCUCAGACAGUACACGGCCUCCGGAUUAAGUCACUAUAUCCGUGAGCAGCUAAAUUGCCUACACGACAUAACGUAGAGGGAGCGCGACGUCUGCGAAGAGGUGUUGGGUGAGAAGAUGACGAAAGAUCCCAUAGACACCAUCAUCCUAACCAACAAACACAUCAAGCCGGCAUUCCCAAAACCAGUAGUAAACGAUGCAUUCGACGCUGCAUACGAAAUCUUUUAUGCUAUUAUGCGCAAGUAUAUGCUCGAGGCAGAUAUAGGGAAACGAAUACAAGCUACAGUGGUAGAGAAUAUUGAUUUCCUUAAAUCAGAUGGAUCAUGCGUUACCGGCAGAAUGCACCGACGAAAUUUGCUUGGUUUCAUCCUGACUAUGCUGCUAAAAACGAAAAACUGCAGAGAAUCUAUUGACAAGAACGUGUCUUCACACUGAGAUAAUAACGAUGCGCCGUCGCCAAUCUCCCAUAAGCCACCAAGGCUCACUAUUGCUUCAGUACAAUAUAAGACUGCCGUACGCGAAAUGGUAAAUUCGCAAUCAACUUAAUAUAUAAAAUUUUGUAAUUACAUAAUUUUUCUUUUGCGGAUGAAGAUGUUAAUAACAGCCGCGCAGCAAGCUACUUUUAAUUAUUUUGCCUACAGGGGAGCCAGCCAUUCAAAAUUAUUGGCAACACGCCCACAUGGUACCUUUAAGAAAAAUGCGAACUUGGCAGCACGACAUCAGCAAAACAUGUUUACGCUCGGCAAUAGAUUUAAUAUAUACCACAGCAAAUUUAUUCUGCGGGUUACUCCACUGGGGCAUGAACCUCCAUUUGCGAAGAACUCAACUCGUGCCACGAUUGUGGCUUGUAUUCUCUUGCCUAUUUCGGGUGCCGUCAUGUUUGCGACCGUUGCUGCGUCAAACAAGUUGUACGCUUUGUCAAACUCCUCGUUUACAAAGCCUUUUGGCCACGCCGGAUUUAGAUAUUUUGAUCUGUACAACAAGUUGUUCUUCGUAUCUUUGGCCACUAGUACUCCAUUUAUUGCCUCGCGAAAUUUUCCUUCGCUUGCUAUCUCUGUGGCAAUCGGGGCAAUUUAUUUGUCAUGUAUAUGUAUAUAUGUGUAUAUAUAUCGUCUGAUAGAGUAACCGGUGACAAGACGCAGGUUGCCUAAUUCGCUGAUUGAUUUCGUGCUUGUCUGCAUGUAACAUGAGUAACAUGGGUAU